CGUUGUUUACAAAUUUUACUAAACAAACAGACAUUCGCAAAUAUCAAGGUCAAAUGGUCAAUACAUUUUGCGAAUUUGGGUGGAAAGCGAAGCGGAAACGUGUUGAACGUGGACGUAAAGAUUUAAUUGAAACUUCCUGACGAAAAGGCAGAAGAUAAAUUGGAAAAUAAUUGAACUGAGCCAUCUACUUCUAAAACAAGAUGAAUCUUCAAUGUAAGGUGGCUACAGACUGCAGCUCUGGAAAACCUGGAUUCCCGAAACCAUCAGGAAUUGCUCAGAUCUAACUACCACUUAAAUAUGCUGCCUUAUUGUCCUGUUAGUUGGAUGGAAUUUGAUGUUACUUUGAAGCACUGGGAUCUCUUAAAGUUGUAACUUUUGUUGUGAUUGGUUGUUAAACAAUGAAAAUGAAUUUAAAGUAUUGUGAUCUGGUUGUUAAAUAAUGAAUUUGAGUUUUGUGUAUUCAUACUGAGCUAAAAUAGUUGUUAUGAAAAAGUGUUACAGUAGAACAAUAGAAAUCUUACAUUGAAUUAAGUUAUUUUUAAAAUUAUUUGGAAAAAAAAAUCAGUAUUAUAUGUUCCUAGACAUUCUUGCCUGUGAUCACUCAUUCAUGUUGAUUACAUGGAUUUUGGAAUUUUGUUGAAUAUUUGAUUUGCAACUAAAAUAAUUUGUAUGUAGGCCAAAAUUUACCCGAUACUACAUUCCAAAUUUGUAGCCAGGAACUUUUUUAAAAUUAUUUUCAUACACAGUAUUUAAUGUGAGGCUGAUUUUUUAAUGUUUUUGGCAUUGAGAAACUGUAAUUAAGUGCAUGUAUUUUAUUUUUGUGUUUAAAUGAAUUAAGCCUAGAAUAUUAGAUUAAAUUAUUUUUUCCGAUGAUAGGACUUCCCAAACUAAAGAAACUUGUUUAGUUGUGAUAUAUAAAAAAAAUUUAUAGUGAUGAUAUUCUAAUUUAUAAAGAAAUUUUAAUGUGGAGUAUUUACAAGGAGCAGUAUUUUUCUUUUUAUCAAAUCUCAAGAAAUUUACUUAAGACAAACUUCUUUUUAAAACUGUUUAUAUUUAAAAGAUUUGUCAAAUGUCCGAUGACCAAUCGCAGCCGCAGGACACGUGCCACAUCUGCUCGAAGCUGCUGGCGGGUGUGAGCGGGUGGAGGGAACAGCACUAUAUCCACGAGACCUCCAGUGAGGUGGUGAGAUGUGCGUUGUGCGCAAACUGCUUCGACGACAAGAACGCUAUGUCCGUUCAUGCACGUUUCGAACACCGGAACAUGACCAUCAAACGAAGGUUCUUCAAAAAGGAGUGCACUGCUUGCAAAAUAUGUGGUAGGCAGCUGGCCUCGAAGAACAACUUAAAAAGACACCUAAGAUUGUUUCAUCAUCAAAGCAAAGAUGUAAAGGUGCUUUGUGAAAAGUGUGGGAAGAUAUUUUUUUCAGAAGAGAAACUUUUAUCUCAUAGCAUCCAUGUCCACAGAAGGGAAUCCUGCAUAGAGUGUAAGAUGUGCAAUAAAAAAUUUACCUCGCAAAGUGUUCUGAACAGACACGUGAGGACUUUCCAUCCUGAACGGACAUCUGUGAAAUUCCAGUGCCAGUACUGCAGAAAAGUACUGGGGUCUCGUUUUGAGGUGCAGCGUCACCAAAAUAGAGCCCACUUGAAGCUCAAGCACCUGUGCUACAAAUGUGGCAAAGUAUUUUUCAGCAGUGACGAUUUGUCUGCUCAUUUGAAGCGUCACCUCGGAGUUAUGUCUUCAAAAUUUUCUCCUCCUAAAAACCAUAAAAAUGAGUGCAAGGUUUGUGAAGUUUGUGGCAAAGUAUUUUCAGGGGGUAGUGCCCUUAACAGACACGUCAGGUGUGUUCAUGGUAAAAUUCCAAAUGGUUUCAAAUGUGCAAAAUGUAAAAAACUCUUCAGUUCGCUGGUGGAAUUCAACACCCAUUUCAAACGAGCCCACCUCAAGGUGAAACAGUCGGAAUGUCAAAUAUGUUACAAGAAGUUUUUCGACGACCGGGCUCUGCUGGUCCACUUUCAAAAUCACCUGGACUACAGACCGUUCCAGUGCUCAGUUUGCGGCAGAACGUUCAAGCACAGCCGCCACGUGAAACUGCACCAAAGAACCCACCGAGAUGAGAAACUGGUUUGCAGGGAGUGCGGGAAGGGUUUCUGCAGCGAGCGCUUGCUGGGAGCGCACGGCCGCUACCACGCCGGCCAGUGCAAGUACGAGUGCGCCCACUGCGGGGCCGCGUUCGUCCAGAAGGCCUCGCUGAGGGACCACGUGGCCACGCACUCCGCCGCGAAGGAGUUUUCCUGCGAGCGCUGCGGCAAGGCGUUCUGGUCGCGCAUGCACCUCUACCGACACGAACGCACGCACGCCGAGCAGUACAAGUGCGAGCUGUGCGGCAAGGCGUGCGGCACGCUGCACAACUUCCAGAAGCACGUGCUCACGCACAUGGACGAGUACCGCUGCAAGGACUGCGGCACGCAGUUCGCCGCUGCCCUCAAGCUCCAGCAGCACUACCGACGCUGCGUCGCCAGGGAGACGGCACGCCUGCUGGUUGCGUGAGCUGGAGGUGGGUUGUUCCAGCAAUUUUCGGUAUCUGUUCCAACCAGUUACUGAUACAGUAAUGUACUGGUUACAAGUAGCUGAUACUUCUGUAUCAGCUAAGCAGUAGCGGUCUCAGGAAGCAACAAGGAAUCAGCAUUCUCGUUACAGGUUACACAUCCUCCGUGCCGUCAUCACCAGCGUAAAAAGUUAUCAGUUUUCUCUUUCCAUGUUCUUCGUAAAAAGGUAUCAGUUUUCUCAUUCUACAUUCUUCGUAGUCGAAAAAAGGUGUCGGUGUUCUCUUUCCACGCCUUUCAUAAUCGGAGUCUUCAAUCUUUAGAAGGAGCACGCACUGCGCACUGAGCGUACUUUGAUGAGAAGCCUAAGAUGUACAUCAAGCUCUGUCCCUGCCCAAACACGCCCGAAUAUUCACCUUCGGCAAACCUCGGGAUUUGUUUUAUUUUUGCGCAGGAAAAAUGAAUUCAAAUAUUAAAAGUGGUCAGUUAGGUUAGCUACAUUAAAACACUUUAGAACACUAUGGAUGGUUAGCUACAUUAAAAUACACAGAGAAAUAUAAAUAUAUAUAAAUAAACCCGAGGUUGGCCGAAGGUGAAUAUUCGGGCGUGUUCGGGCAGGGACAGAAUUUGAUGUACUUCUUAGGCUUCCCCCUCCACUACAUUCUUUCCUUUCUUUAUACCUUAUUCGUCGUGCCGAUCCCUCCCCUUUCACAAGCUACGCCCAAGUGACCGUCAUCUGCGAUCAGGUUCUGCGCACAUUGGCCGUGGUUUUGUUCCAGGUAAAUUCUAAACUGAUACAAAAGUACUUGAUACUUGAAUAGUGUACUCGUUUUCAGUACUUGAUACAGGUGUGUAUUAGUUACAAAGUAGCAGAUUGAUACUCUGCGACCCACCUCUAGCGUGAGCUGGCUUUCCUUCGCUGAUGGUCACCUCUAAGUGCGUUCAACUACUUCAAAAUUCUACUUGAAAACCUAUCAACGUGGAUCAUUGAUGUCCAGGUAUCAUUUUUGAAACUAAUCUGAGGGCCAGACAUGGUGCUAACAAUAUUGCAUUUUUGCAACAAUUGUUGUCUUGUAUGUUCUGUUCAGUGACUUCCAAAUUAAAUAAGUGGAAUGUAAUGAAGUAACACAAAAUAACUCUAUUGAAAUAGUACUUUAAAGAAACCUAAAAAAAUAUAUAUAAAAUAUUACAUGAAUAGAAAUAUUAUUUUUGACUAUUUCUGUGAGAAUACUUUGUUGUGUGCUGACGACUUUAUUCUAUGCAUACAUGCAAACAAAAAAAAAAAAUACAUGAUAGUAUUUUUUUGCUGAAGGAUUCCUUAAGCGGGUCGUGCGAAACUAUGCUGCGAGCCGGAUGUUGGUCAUCACUGACACAUAUUAUUUACUAUUGGGGGCCCACAUGGUUGAUUCGUUAGACAACUUGUCUUCCAUUAAGGCACGCCAGGUUUGAGUCCCAGUGGGGUCGAACGGAGAUUUUAUGUUAGUGGACAACUUGACUGUCGGUGCUGUUAGGUGGUGGGUUUUCUCUGGGUACUUCCGGUUCCCACACCUAUUAUUCCAUAAAUGACUCCUCAUCCCUUAUCUCCAAUGACGAUAUGUCAAAAAGAUGCUUAGCUAGUAUUCAUUCAUUGAUUAUUUAAUUCAUUCAUUCAUCCUUUCACCUAAAAAUACACAGAUUUUGUGUAAUUCUUUGUUAGAUUAAUUAUUUUUAUGCUACGUAGUCCCACUCUUUGGGUGGUUUUCCUGUCUAUAGGUAUGUAGAUGUUUCAUUGUCUAGAUCGUACUUAGGCUAACGUAAAGAAUUUUUAUAUGUGUAGGAAUUUUCACAGAAACAGAGUAAGGCCUAAAUUUUUUACAGAUCUGUACAUGAUGUAUUUUAUAGCACAUGUAAAAGGAAUGCUGUGCCAUUACACUAGGUAACAAUAGUAAUUUGAUUGUACUAUGGAUUUAUAAACUCACUUGCUGCCUUACCUGUUGUUGAAGAGUAUAUUUCAUUUUUUUGAAGCAAAGUAUUAUGAAGCUUACACUCGCAAUGUCUAAAUUUUUAGUACUUAGGUAUAUAUUUUCCAUUUACUGCUUUAUGAAAAUAUGUGGAUUAAUAGUUUUCUUUUUAGUGAACUGAAAUUGUUUCGUGUGUUUAAGUAUGUGUUAUUGAAAAAUCUCACGACAACCACAGCAGUGACAGUGUAAAAUAUUUUCGUAAAUUCUCAAGCUACAUAUUAUUUCUGAGAUGACCUGUGAUGUACCAUACCUCAGUAGAUAUGGUAGGGAGUAGGUUUGAAGCUAAUGCGUAUUAACUGUUUUGUAGAAAUUACUAGUCCUUAAAAAAGUGUUGGUGAAAAUAAAUUGGGAAUGAUAAGUUUUUUGCCACAAUACAAUAUUGCUACUUGGUUUGAGACAUAAAUAUGUAAAUUAUUGUAGGAUUACUGUCUUGGAGUCUGAAAGCUUAAUUUCUCUACGUUUGAUUUAGGUACUUAAAUUUUUCCACCUUGGAAAAGUUGUCGGUAGUUGUUAUCUCUGUUAGUGGUGCUGGUAAAAUGUUGUCAGUUUGGUUGUUAAAGUUUAGCACUAUCUUUGCCAUACUUCUGUGAGUACUACAUUCUUUAUGUCGGCACAGAUAAAAGUGCUAUGGCGUACUUACAUUUGCACUUUGGGUUAGUGAUAUCCUAUUGAUUACACAGAUUAGGAAUCUUUAAAAAAUAAAUGUUUGGUGUGAGCUUAAAUCUUUUAGGAGUGAUAAUUUUUCAAAAUAAUAUUCAUUUGCUAUCCCAGUCCAGGUAACACAAGUUUAUUGCUCUUGACGAGUACUUUUAUUGUUAUUGUUUGAACAUGACAUUUAAUUUAUUUAAGUUGCUCUUUUGUUUUUUUCCCCACAUCUAAUAAUGUUUUCCACAAGAUCUUCCUACUUUGUCAAUUAAAAAAUAUAAUUUCUUCAUAUAACUAUUAUAGUAAUAUAAAUUCAGUUUUUUUUUAUAGGUAAUAAAUUCCUCAUGAGACCAUCCAUAUUUUCUAAAGCAUGGAGUUCUUUCUUCAUUUUUAAUCUUGCCUUGAUUUUAUACUGUAUUAUUUAAAGUGUUUUUAACUUAAUAACUCAUAAGUAGAAACAGGUUUUUAUGGAUUUAUUUUUAUGUCAAUUUCAUUUUUAAAACAAGAGAUUUCAGUAUUGUUUUUAUUUUUGUACAAUGUCUUAUUCAUAAAAAAUUCAGUUUUAUUCAACAUAUUUCUGGCAAACCUGAAUUGAUUAGUUCUUAAAUAAACUUUUGGAAUGCUUUCUCUGGAAGUAUAUUUUUUUCAGUCUCAUCCUGAAUAUCUACAUUCUGGGGUUAUUAUUCUCUUGAGCGAACCUUAGCACGUAUCGCAGCAUGUAUACAGACAUACGCCAACUUUGGAAUUGCCAUAAUUUUUCACCCUAGUUUCAUUGUGUGUUAUGAUUAUUUUUACAUUUUAUUGUUGGUGUUAUACUGAGUAGGCCUAUUUAUAUCAAAUUUAUUGAACUCAUGUUGUUUGUAGCAUUUAAAAAUUCACAUAUGUAAUAUUUAACCCAGGCCUACUUGUGUUCCUGCAACCAGCAUUUUUGUGUUGAGUUUAGUAAACCCGUAAUCCUUUUACAAGUUGCCUUCCUGACAGCUGUAUUGGCUCGUCCCUCCAUGUGACUGGAAAGUGCCUUGAUGUGUACAUAUGAAGUGUUGUAGUUGUGGUAAGCACAAGCUGUAUGCAGUGUUCCAUGCGGAAUGUAUUUAUUAUCAUAUUGUCUGUUGUAUAUGUGCAGUUGUUAAAAAUCUUUCAUGGAAUUCCUGUAGGUUUAAAUACCUUCAGAAGUUAUAUAACUGCUGUGUUUGAAUUUAAUUCCUAAGCCAUUGAGGAAACUUUUGGCUCUAGAAAAUUGUUGGUACUUAUCUCAUGAAGUGUUAGACGCACAUAUGUGAUAAUUGUAAUUCUUGCCUUUUUAAUAUAUAUAUAUAUAUAUAUAUAUAUAUAUAUAAAACGUACCAUCAUAUUAUUUUAGUGUUGUAGUCUAUUCAGCUGUUGUGUCCUUUGUCAGUGCUAGAAAAUGUACAUAAAAUGUAUGUCAAAAUUGUGUGACAGACCAGCCAGAUUAGCUCCUUGUACAUAAUGUUAUAAUUUUUUCAAAUACCUAUUAAACUUGAUUAAUUAGGGGUCGUCCAUUAAUCACGUGAGGUUUUUUUUAGCAAAUUUUUAACCCCCCCUCCCCCCUAGUGAUUUGGGGUGAGGUUUCGGACAAACACCCCCCCCCCCCCCCCAAUUAAUCACGUGCAUUUUUUGGUGCAAAAUAUUUUUAAAAAUUUCGGAAUAUUAUCUUUAAACAUAGGUAUAAUCUAAUUUAAUUCUGGGAAAUUAAGCACAGUGAUAAAAAUGUCCAGACACACAUUUAGGUUGCAGGUUUAUUCUCACUGGCAUAAAAAUAAUAAAGGAAAGGCUUAUAUGUGAUUUACGCAUGUAUUCGGCGCCAAAAUCACAGUCUUACCUUUGAAUAUAUAUACUGUAUAGAAGUCGCCAGCCCAGGUUAAAAUUUCUAAUACGGUUUUGAGGUAGUUGGUUAAUUCACUGCCGCAAUCGCCACCAUCUCUAGGGCAUCGACUUGUGGUGGUCCCUAGCGGACAAGUCUCGAACUCUUCAAACACCCCUUCCCCCUCCCGUUGAACGACGUUGAGCUGCAGUGAAUGAUGGAUGAGGGGAGCGGGGAAUGACAGCGGGCGACAGCGCUGCGCUCUAACGUGUAAAUAACAACUAAGACGAUACAGGGCGUUACGGCAGCGCACUGCAGCGGUGAAGUUCCCAAGCUGCUCAUCAUAAGCUUCUGAAAAACGUAGAGUAAAUCCUAUCCACUCGCGACUUCUAUACAGUAUAUAUAUUCAAAGGUCUUACUAGCGACUGGGAAGCCGAGCCGGGUGGUUCAUGUUGCGGCGGGCGGGGAUAUUGUUGCCUGGCUACGGCGAGUCAAGGUCAUGCAUCGCUUUUCGGUUUAGUAGAAAUCGGGCAGGAAAAAAAAUACACGUGAUAUCUCUCUACACCCCCCCUCCCCCCUUGUGAUAUUUCGUGAUUUUUCCCGACCCCCCCCCCCCCCCCCCCCUUUCGAGCCUGACUUGAUUAAUGGACAAUCCCUUAUCUGCAUUAAUUCAUGAAAUAAAAUGAGUAUGCUAUAAAUGUUAGUGAUAUUUGAAUGUACACUGAACGUACUUUUUUUAAGCUAGCAAGCACAAUUUAAGUGGAGAAUAUUUAUUUCUGUAAUCUAAGAAAUCCAUUAUUUUAAGUAGGAUUUUAAAAUUUCUUUAAACCCUUUCUUUUGAAUUAAUUUUUUUAUUAUGUAACCACUGAUAAGUGACAAUCUUUGCUUGGCUCCCUGUCAAGGCAACUAGGGAACUUCUGUAUUUACACUGCUAGGUACUUGACUUUUUCCCCCCAGAAUUAAAUUAAAUUGGCUUUCUGUAUUUAUACUUCUCUGGUAUCAAGCACUUUUAUGGUGCCACCUUGAACAGAUCAUUCAGUUUGAAGUCAUGAGCAGACCUUUAUGGAGGUGUAUUGUGACUGAAUGGUCUUGGUGGUUGCUCGAACGAGCUGGCAUAGCCAAAUAACACUAUAAAACCCUAAGGAAUCUAAUAGCGCUGACUUGACACACAUCAGCACCAGCGUCUAACAAAAGCUUCAAAUAUGAUUUGUAAACCCUUGACAUAAACUGAAGUAGUCUACUUACUUGAACAUAAUGAGUUGACAAAUAAGCUCCCCAAGAAGAUUCCACCGUCAUUUAGUUCUUGCUGUACCUCUUCCGAAACAGUGUGCGCCCACAAAUUUGACAUCGCACUGCUGAACUGGCAUUUUAUUGAGGCGUUGAGUUGUGCCAAGAGGAAGUUGGAUACUGUGAUUUUUUUCUGCUCUGUACUCAAUGUACCUCUUUGUCGAGGGUUGUCAUGAUGGAGGCUGCUGACUGGCUGCUUUGCAGUUCUGCUUGUGUAGCUGCCUGGGUGAAGUUCAGGAAGUAAUUGUAGUUGCUAACCGGUUUUAACAUCUGUCAUGCCCACCACGAUCCUGUCACAUAUAAAAUUCUGUUUAAGGAUGCCAUAGUCACAAUUUUUCUGUUAAAAACUUGGAGGGCUGUGACAGAAUCAGUGAAAGAUUUGCCUGGCAGUUGAGAGAGUAAAUUAAAUAUGAAACGUUCAAAUAUUGUGUUUUUUUAGGGGUGAAGUAAUCAUCAAAAGCUUGUAUGACUGUUGCAAACAUUGUUGGUUCUUGUUGAAAUUGUGCCCAAACUUACUCUGCGCUAUCGACCAUGGUACCUAUACAAAAUAAUGUCUUAUCUGCUCUUGCUCUAAUUUUUCGCCAUGUCUGACAACAGAUAUGUACUGAUUAAUAUUAUUUUCUAAGCCCCUCCCACAAGGAUGUUACAGUGAAAUCCAACAAAGGUGGAGGAUGUAGGUUAGUUACACCUUCCUCGUGUGUUCCAGUGAGAUUCGUUUCCAUGAUAAUAAUCUCUUUAUAACUACAGAUUACUAAAAGAUGGGCGAGACAUUUUCUUUCACCCAACACUGCUGUCACUAUGUAUUGUUAAUGGAGGUGGGAAAUAAAGCACAGGUUAAGCCCGCCGCACACGGUACAAUAUUCCUUAUAAUAUUGUAAGCUAGGAGUUGUACUGGCUCUACUACUAGUUUCUUCACUCGAAUUCAAACUGGAUACUAGUAGCUGUACUAGCUGGGCUACUGGUUUUGCGUAAUAGACUGCGUCCUAUUUUCGUUGCUUGCAGUGUUCCAAUAUUUAAGGAGUGGCCAAUCAGAACUCACGAAAACAGCACGAGGGGUUGUUUACACUUUUAAGCGCGCAUGUCGUGAUAAACAUGGACGGAAAUAAGUGGAAUAGUGACCAACUCCUCGUUUUAAUAAAUGCAUACAAAGAAGAGCCCUGUUUGUAUGCAGUAAAAAAUUUGAAUUAUCAUAAUAAAAAUUUGUUGUGCAGAAUAUUCUCUUAACAAAACUAGUAAGGCAGUUAGAAUCGUGUGCAGCAGAAACUUGUAGCGCACCUAGUGUUUCAGCUUGUAGCCUACACAGUACAGAAACCAGUAAGCAAGACUCGGGCGCUAUCUUGCCUCUGCCUCCUGCAACAUCCACUUAUGGUACACUUUUCAGUAUUUGCAUUUGUUUUGGAUAUAUUUAAACAAGUUAAAAUCAGAACUGACAAAGAGAGCACAUAUGGCUGUGAUAGACAUUGUGUAGACCUAGUCAUUGUAUUUAUACCUAAUAAUUUGUAAUAUGUAAUAUAAUUUUAUUUAAACAUGCUGAUAACUAUUAAAAACAAUUGAGGUUAAAUAAUUCCUUGUUAUGUUACAUGUAGAUAUAUUUUUGAAAUGUGGACUUGGUGCUUAAAUUUUACUAUUUUAAUAAGAUACGAUUAUUUGAAUUUUAUUAUUACAUUGGUAAUGCUUUUAUAUCUUAUGUCACCAACAUCCAGACUAAUAUUGUAAGAGCAGAAGUACAUACCUAGGAUGUAACCCUAGAUAUUGUACUUUUUUUUCUUGUCAUGUUUUGAAGAUUCUGUAAACUAGUACAGUAAUUACUGGUUAAUUUUUUAUUUUAUUUUUUUGUUAAAUUUUACUCCAAUGUAAUAAUUAGUUGAAUGCCAGUAUCUCUACUUGAUUUGACCUCACUCGCCCCAUAACCCUUUUCACAUUUUUCUAUUUCAAAUUUUACAUUCACAUAGGAAGUUAUUUCUAUAUGAGACUUUUAAAUAUUUUGCAAAUUGUAUAAUGAAACAGUAGUUGAUUAAUUGAUGAUGUAAUUAGUCCCAUCUGCAGAGCUUUAAAGGUGGUUCAUACAUUCAGUAUUUAAAUGUACUUGUUUCAGUUAGUUUAUUUUGUAAUCAUUGAAAAUUUGAUUAAAUCCCUAUGAUUAAUUAAUGAAAGGUUCUUGUUAAGUACAGAGAAACCUCAUUAACAAAAUAUUACAGGGAUCAUAAUAUUUGCACCUUAUAUUUACAGUAUUGACCCCACAUACAUACCAAAUAAUUACAGAAUUUAUUUGAACUGGUUAUCUUUUUAAUAAGGAUUGCUGGCUUUCGUGGUAUUGUCUAAGGUUGCUUGGCUUGUAGCUUCUAGCCAUGCCAAAGGCAAAGGGUUCACUGACAUUUUGGUCGCCAUCUUCCGUCUAACUAAACAUAUAAAGUAAGCUUCUCAAUUUAAUACGUGCACAUCAUACAAACUGAGAAAAACCAUCUUGCUGCUAAAAAUAUUUUUUUUUUUGCAGCUCUGCAGUUGAAGCCCUAAAUAAUGCUAUGUAGUAUACCUCAUUUUCGGGUAUACUGGUGGUAUGCCAGAAAAUUCUUGUUUCCUAAUGGAUAUAUUUAUAAAGAAGGGGGGGGGGGGGGGAAUAUAUUUACACUUACCGUGUUACCUUUCCACCUGGGUUGGCUAGCACAAGGGAGUGAUUUUAAAGGGGUGGGGGGAGAAAUAUGGCUGCCAAAAAAAGUUUUGAAGGUUUACCAGUUAUUUUCAGAUGUUACAGGGUGCGUUAUAGUAUCUAUUCAUUGGCAGCUGAAAGCCAAGUUAGAAACACUUGUAGGUGUGUCCCCUCUGCUUCUAUCCCUCUAUGAUCUUGCCACACACAUACAACACUUAACCACUUCUAUCAAAUCGUGAAUAAUUGUGGUUGGAUAAAUUAAUUCCUAUGAUGCAGGCAAGGUAAGUUAUGUCCCCCUAUAGAUGUGUACUUGCUAUAAACAUGUGUUUUGUAGUAAUGAGGUUUUAUUGAAAUUGCUUAUUAUUUGCAAAAUGAAUGCAAAUCGUAUUUAAAAUAUUUUUGCUAUAUUUUUAAUGCUAAAAUAAUUCAUUCUAGUAUAUUUGUAGUCAGAAAUCAUGUACUAGAUGACUGCAAUGCAGUUUCAAUGGCAACUAGACUUUAAACUUAAUGUAUGUAAGAAAAUACACUUGCAUUAUUUUAUACAGAAGUUGUGCUGUUAUAAUUAUCUUGCCAUAACUUAACUAGUUGAGUUUCUGAUUGUAGUGCUCAGUAUAUGUAGUAGUUAUGGCUCUCACUGUCCAUUGGAUUUAUUUUUUUAAAUCCAGACUUUUAUAGUUAACCACUAUAAUGUAUUUGACAGACUGUUUGGCAUGAAUGAUUACUCUUCUAAACUCCAAAAUAUGCUAAAAUUAAACUAAAUUUAUCAAUAAAAAAAACAUGUCUGGGAGUACAUAUCACUGUUGGCCAGUUUAUUACUGUGAAGAGAGUUAUGGAAUUUGUAGCAGAAAUAUUGGCAAUUAAUUUAGCAGAGUCCUAAAAUAUUUCACAAUGUCCUUUGUAGUGGAAACAAUUUUCACAAAUAUAUCUCAUUUUUCCUGGAGUGUUUUCUGGGACACAUUUUUUUGACGUGACAAUGUCUAAUAAAUCGAUGAACGCCGGCUGCACGCAUGAAAAAGUGUCCCGUUACACACAUUGACCCAUUACGCUGUGUCCCGUUACACUCAUUGUACGCUUGCGCCGCAUCUAUCUCUCUUCCACUCGAUUGGAACAACCAUCGAUUUGACUUUUUCGAGGCACAUUAAACCUAAAACACUCCCAUCGUUUCCUAAUUUUCCUAUCAUCGUCCUAUCCUUAACAGAAUAACACAGAUUGGAAGAAGUUAAAUAGCAAACACAUAUAAAAGUUAUAGUUAAAGUAAUCUCUUCGUUAAAGUAAUAAACAUAUUUGAAUUAAUGAGUGCAAAUAAAAGUAAAUUUAACAAUAUUAAAUUGUAGAUUUCAUUUCACCUCUUCUUUGUAUCCAUACAAAAUAGUGAUAAUUCAAUAAAAAUGAUUCAAUUUUAUUCAUAAAAGUAUGCAAUCAUUUCAUCAAUGUUUUGUUAUGACGUCACGUUAAACUAUUGUCAGUAAACCGACUUUACAGACAACAAAUUUUUUUUAUAUUCCCCAUAGGUUGGCUACUCACCACUAUAUUUAAUUUUUAUUUAUUUUUUUCACAGUAGAUUGUAAUACUAAAAAACUACAGUAUUGAAUCUCAAAAACAAUAUUUAAAAACCAAAGAUAAAUAAGGGGGCCAGUCACAGCUUUUUCGUAUGUUCGAGAAUUUGCUUCGGUCUGGUGAGAAUUGCUGGGAUCAGUUACGAUAAUAUGUUGCAAGUAUUAUAACAACUGUUGCAACAUAUCAUUGAAAUAAUAUUAUACUCUUAAAACAUUGCAAAGCUAUUUUGUUAGUUUUAACUGUAACCAUAUUGACAGUUAUCACCAGAGUAAAAUUAACAACAAUUUAAACUAGUGUGAGAUUGCAUAAUUUUAAAGUAACUUUUUUGGUGCAAAUGUAAUCAGUGUAAGAUUGAAGAAAAUUUAAGUAUUCAUGCCAUUUUGUAAGUUAUUUGUACUUAGCUCAUGAUGUUAUAGGGUUGUAUUGUUAUUAGUUAUUGAGUUUGUUGUAAAGUGUGUCAAAUGUUGAUUUUAAAUACGUAUAUAAUUUGUGAAUGUAUAUUAUUGCAGGGUAAUUUUAUGCAUUUUUAGUGUACCAAAUGUAUUUUUUUUUGGGUUGGUAAAAUUGUGAAUGAUAUUUAUUUGUAAAAAAUAAAAUAGUUUAAAGUAAACAAACUGUAAAAUAAUUACCAGGGUUGCUACAAGCAUAGAAAAUCAGUAAAAAUCAUAAGUUUUUUUUUGGGAGUAUCAGGAUGUUUAGGAUGGUUCAAAUGGCCUUAAAAUAUCAGAAAUAGUUAAUGAUAAAUCAAAAAUGUUUUGGGAAUGCUUAAUUGUAGUAACAUAAAAAUUGUGUUAGUAAUUGCUGUGUGAAAGUUCAGCUAUGCUGUCCUUUUAUAUUUCAGCAUUUUGUCUUUUUCACUCAGUUCUGACCUCCUUGGUCAUUUGAAAGUGUAAACUUUGUUCAGUAUCCAUCAGGGGUUUAAUUAUUAAAAUACUAGUAGGUACGUACUACAUAAUUCCAAACAGCGCUUGUUAAAAAUAAUUUAGACAGAAAACUGGACUUGACCAACUUAGUGUAAAAUAUCAGGGAAAAUCUUCAUUGGACGUGCAAUAAUCAGGAGAUAUCCAAAUUUAUCUUUUGUAGCAAUCCUGAGUAAAAAUGUUUUUGGUUAUAUUUGCAAUUUAUUAAUUGCAGGAAGUAGUUUCCAUGUAUGCAUUGUAGUACUUGUUUUUGAUUUUUGUCAAUAUACCAAUAUUUUAUGAAAUAUAGUAUUUUUUUUUAAUAUUUCCUACACUCGCACAAACUGAACUUUGAUUUUUGAUAGCUCCAGUUGGAUGGAUUAUUACACUUGUAGCCUAGUGUGUGAAGUAUAGAAGUUGCAUGCAUUAUUUACGGUUGAGCUGAGUUGUUUGUGGUAUGUUAGUAGUGCAGUACUUUAAAGGUGUGGAAAGAAUAAGAGGAUAAAUCUUAUUAGACUGGAGAAUACUAGGUUCCAGACAAAUCUUCUAGGACAUGUUUCAUUUUGCAAUGUGUCUUUAGAACUUUUAUGAAACAUUAAAAUUCCUCCUUUUGUCUAAUCUUCAUAUUCUGUAUGGCUGAAGUCAUGAAUUAGAACACACACUCACCAUUCUACUUCAUUUAAAGUUUGCCAACAGUGCAUCAAGCAUUGUGAUGCAAUUUUGUGAUCUAACUCUUAUUUACACAAUAAUUAUAGUGAACUGGGCCUUAGAUACUUUUCCAUCAAUCAUUUUUUGAGUAUAGGUAAAGUAUGGCCUCACGUGUUUCUGUUUGUAGCGAGCAUCUACACUGAAUAAUAUAGUCUGUUAGGACUUUAGUUGUGCUGUUUGAUGUAACAUACAGUUAAUAGAGUCUGUGUAUUCUAAAAUUAACUACGACAAUAAUACUAGGGAUAAAACCCUUGUUUACUACUGAUUGAUUUCCUGAGUGCAUAUUUAACUUUUUUAAAAUUAUUAUUUACAUGUUACCUACCUAAAUUGGCAACAUAAUCAGUGUCACAGAGGAUGACUAGAUAAAUAUUUUAUGGGCAGUCAAACUAAUAAUAAAUAAUAAUAAUAAUACAUGAGAAGCAAAUUGUGUGUUCCAGCCUAUUAUAACCUAGAUUGCAAAAUACUUGUAUUGUUAUAUUAACCAACACAAAAUUUCAGCAGUUCCUAUGUAGAAGUGUGUUUGCAUCUGCAUCAAAUAAGGCUCCGGGAAGGGGGAGCGGGGGAGAAGCCUCUCCCGAGUUCGAAUAUUUUAAUUUUUGAGAGCACAUUUAUAUUUACCAAAAUAAUUUAAAUUCAUACAUUAAACUUCUGUUUAAUCAAACAUUAUAUGUAACUUGAAGUAUUUGAGACCAUAAAUUUGUAAAUAUUCCAAGUCCAAUCUGUGACCUAUUCAAUGUUGUUUUUUGCAACUGCAUUGUUUGUUUGUACGGUAGCUCUUCCCGGAAAAUAUUUUUGGAGCCGUUGCGUAUUUAUGUUCUUUAGCUGUCGUUGAAAAGGUGUAUAAAAACAUAUGGACAGAGAAUUGUAAAUUGGUUUGCAGCCAGGCAAAAUUUAACUAGAAAUAGAGGUUGGGAGGUCCUGUGCGUUGAUGAAGCAUGUGUCUGCAGGGUGUCUACAGGUCACGAAAGUCAAGAAAAAUUCAAUAAACUGAAGGACUAGUCAUGAAAGUCACAUAAAUAAGCAGCAACAGUGCUGGAAGACAUAAAACUUUAAUACCCAGCAGCCUUUUGAUAACUUCCAUUUAGUUUCUUGAUGCCUCACUUCAGUUUAUAUUCACACACUAAUUGCAAAUAGUUGGGGACAGUCCACUGAAAAAUCAUCUGAAAAUUAUCUCUGAAAAGAUAUAACUUAAAAAUUGUUACGUCCCUACGAAUCAUAGAGAUAUCCGUUAUAUUUGCUCAUAUUAUAUGUAGAUUGUAGGUGAUAAGUGUGAUGGUACUUGGAAACGUGUCAGUCUUUAAAAGGUACCGGUUACCAAGCGGUUCAAGUAUGUACUGAAUGAUGUGCAACUUUGAUUCAACAAGAAAUUUAUCUUCUAGAAUGAAAUUUACAAGUGAGAAAAUAAUGGUGGUGUGAAUUACCUAUAGUCUAGUCACUUGAGAUGCAGUUAAGUAAUCAUUUAUUUUAUUUAAUGGAAUUUGUGUCAUGGCUGCCAACAGCUAAAACUGGAUAACUCAACACACAACAUGUUUGCAAGAUUAUUUGAUUAUUUUAAAAUUAAAUGAAGGAUGGAUAAUUUUUAGGCUCAUUUCUUUAUUUAGUAAAUGAACUGACCUAAGUAAGGAAUUUAAGUUUUAAAGUUAUUAAACACAAUAAUUAAUAUAUGCGUU